GCUCCCGGUUCCACGGAGAAGGGGGCUGGACAGCCGGUGGCGGUGUGUCCGGCUCCUCCUGGGGGCGGGACCUGGCAAUCCUCCGUCUGUGUGGUUCCCCGAGCGGGGCGCUGCUCGGCACAGUGAGACUGGGUGCGGGACCGGUACCAUGUAUCUCCGCAGGGCUGUUGGGAAGACUCUGACCUUACCCCUGAGGACCCCUCCUUCCAGCCCCCCACUGCUCUGGAAGCACGCAUCCCUUCGACAGAUGUCAUCUAAGAGAGUCCCUGGAUUAGCUGGGUCAAACAUGAUAUACUAUCUCUUUGUUGGAGUCACUUUUAGUGCUGGUGGAUAUUAUGCUUAUAGGACAGUCACAUCAGACCAGUCUCGGUACAUAGAACGUAUCAAUACCAUGCAAGCGAAAAGUGCUAUGAAGGAAUCACCAGAGAUGCUGCAACAUCCAGAUGAGGAGCUAAAGGCCACAGAAGCCGAUGAAGUGUGUUCAGAAGCCCCUAAUGAUGCUUCUCCGUUGGAAGCUGGGUUGGCAGCGGUUGAAGAAAUUCCCGAUGUGGAAGACGCAGCUCCGGAGGAGACUCCCCCAGUCAGUGUCGGAGCUGAUACAGAGGACUCUCCGACGGUCAGCGUCGGAACCGGCGCAGAGGAGACCCCGGCAGUCAGCGUCGAAGCUGGCUCAGAGGAGGCUCAGGCAGUCAGUGCUGAAGCUCAGCCAGAGUUGCUAAGUGAAGCUGCUGAGGUCAGUACGGAAUCAGGGCCGGAGGUCACAGAUGCAGCUGUGCUGGAGGAGGCCGAGGCUAGCUCCAAAGCUCUUGAGCCGGAGAAAGCUUCGGCUGAAGGGACUGAACUGGAGGAAGAAAAUAAAUCUCCCUCUGAAGCUGAAACCCACGCGGAUGCUGAAUUACAGGAAGAAGCCCCUCAGCAGGCUUGAGGCUGCCCCGACCCAAAAC